AUGUUAGCCCCGAGCAAGAGGAUGACCAAUUCUUUGCACUCCCAGAUCUUUCUAAUGUGGAAGCCAGAUAAGACUCAGAAUGGAUUCCAAAAUGCUGAGGAGGAAGCUUCCAGGCUCUCACAUGACACUGAGACCUGCCGACAGAAUUUUAGAAAUUUUCCUUACCCAGAACUGUCUGGACCUCGAAAGGCAUUGAAUCAACUCAGAGACCUAUGUCUUAAGUGGUUGAGGCCUGAAAUUCACUCAAAAGAACAGAUCUUGGAGCUGCUGGUACUAGAACAAUUCCUGACCAUCCUGCCUGGAGAAGUUAGGACUUGGGUGAAGUCCCAGUACCCUGUGAGCAGUGAAGAAGUGGUGACUCUGGUGGAGGAUUUGACUCAGAUUCUGGAAGAGGAAGCUGAUCUUCAGAACUCUGCCUUUUCCCAAGAAACUCCAGUGGAAGAUAGGCCCACUGCUUUCCCGGCGAGGUGGCUGAAUGACUUGGUGACCAAAGAAUCAAUGACCUUCAAUGAUGUGGCUGUGGACAUCACCCAAGAAGACUGGGAGCUAAUGCGUCCUGUGCAGAAGGAAUUGUACAAGACUGUAACAUUACAGAACUAUUGGAACAUGGUUUCCCUGGGACUUACAGUUUACAGACCAAGUGUAAUUCCCAUAUUGGAAGAACCAUGGCUGGUGAUAAAAGAAAUUUUAGAAGGCCCUAGUCCAGAAUGGCAGACUAAAUCCCAGGAGUGUACCCCAAUAAAAGAUACGUCUGCACUUAAAGAGGAUGUUACUCAGUUCAUCAAAUUGGAAGAAUCAUGUGACUAUGAUGACAGAUUAGAGAAGCAGUCAAUAGAGGCCUUCAGGACAAUUCCCACUAAUGAGAGUGAUUUCAGCUUAAAGGCAUUCCUUUCACAAGAUGACCUUAAAGAAGAAUAUCCUAGUAAAUAUGAUAUAUCUAGAAAUAAUUUUGAGAACCAUUCAAACAUAAUUGUAGAGUAUGAUACCCAGUCAGAUAAUAAAAUGUUUAUGUAUAAUGAAGACAUAACAACCUUCAGUCACGUUGCAUAUGGUAUUGUGCAUAGGAAAUUAUAUCCUGAUGAGAAGCCUUAUAAAUGUAAUGUGUGUGGGAAAAUUUUUAGGAAAAUCUCAUCCCUUGUGAAACACCAAAGUACCCAUACCAAAGAGAAAUCUUAUGAAUGUGAAGAGUGUGGAAAAGAGUUUAGACAUAUCUCAUCUCUCAUUGCACAUCAGAGAAUGCAUACUGGAGAAAAACCUUAUGAAUGCCAUCAGUGUGGUAAAGCCUUCAGCCAGCGUGCACACCUUACUAUCCAUCAGAGAAUUCAUACUGGAGAGAAACCCUAUAAGUGUGAUGACUGCGGAAAAGACUUUAGUCAGCGUGCACACCUCACUAUACAUCAAAGGACACAUACUGGAGAGAAACCAUAUAAAUGCCUGGAAUGUGGGAAGACUUUCAGCCAUAGUUCAUCACUAAUCAAUCAUCAGAGAGUUCAUACUGGAGAAAAACCUUAUAUAUGUAACGAAUGUGGGAAAACUUUCAGUCAGAGUACACACCUUCUUCAACAUCAAAAAAUACAUACUGGAAAGAAACCAUAUAAAUGUAAUGAAUGUUGGAAAGUGUUCAGUCAGAGUACUUACCUUAUUCGACAUCAGAGAAUUCAUUCUGGCGAGAAGUGUUAUAAAUGUAACGAAUGUGGAAAAGCUUUUGCUCAUUCCUCAACUCUUAUUCAGCAUCAAACUACUCAUACAGGAGAGAAAUCCUACAUAUGUAAUGUAUGUGGGAAAGCGUUCAGCCAGAGUGCAAACCUUACUCAACAUCAUAGAACACAUACUGGAGAGAAACCCUAUAAGUGCAAUGUGUGUGGGAAAGCCUUCAGCCAAAGUGUACACCUUACUCAGCAUCAGAGGAUUCAUAAUGGAGAAAAACCCUUUAAAUGCAGUGUAUGUGGGAAGGCAUAUAGACAGGGGGCAAAUCUUACACAACAUCAAAGAAUUCAUACUGGAGAGAGACCUUACGAAUAGAAACCCUACAAAUGUAAUGAAUGUGGGAAAGCUUUUAUUUAUUCCUCAUCACUUAAUCAACAUCAGAGAACUCAUACUGGAGAAAGACCCUAUAAAUGUAAUGAAUGUAACAAAGAUUUUAGCCAGAGAACAUGCCUUAUUCAACAUCAGAGAAUUCACACAGGAGAGAAGCCUUAUGCUUGCAGUAUAUGUGGUAAAGCCUUCACCCAGAGUACAAACCUUAUUCAGCAUCAAAGAGUUCAUACACGUGUAAAACAUCGUAACUGA